UCUUGCGUUUGAGAAACUCAGAUCAAAAUGAAGAUUGACAAGCGCAUGGACUCCCCAGAGCCCGUAGAGCCACCGAAGUGCAUCUCGAUGCCCGAGGAGACAGAUUCUGACGACGAAGAGACAGUGGCUGUUGUUGACUACGCCUCCAACAAGCCUACCCUUGAGCGCAAGGUUAAGGUGGUCAAGCGCGGCCUCGUGGUCAUUCAAAAAGCCUUCCACGCUCUCGGCAUAAGCAAGGGGCUGUUCACCUAUGACUGCUUCGUCGACGAAAAAAUCCACGUGUCGCGGCGCGCGAGAACCGCUCGGUACCCCAAGCUCCAUCAUCAUGUGAGGACCGUGAUCAGGCGCAUUGAAGAGACGUUCUUCGACGCGACCGGCAAGCCGAUCGUCACUGAGAUCCUGGUCGGCGGCCCCGCGGAGAACAGGUUCAUGGCACUCCUGAAGCAGGAGGCGCCUCGCCAUAUCGCCCAACUCUUUGGCAGGUAUUUCGUCGUUGGUCCGCCCUCGCGGAAGAGCAUCUCGCAUAGGCUGGUAGACAUUCUUAUUACCAUGGAACAGGAGAUAGCUAAGGAAUUGGAGCGCGAAGAGGGGUGGUGAAGAAGCCUUUGAUUUGUUUGCAAGUGAAAAAGGACAUUUAUGAUAUGUUAGAAAAGAAAAAAAAAAAAAAAAAAAACUCUCGGAAUACUCUUGCAUAGGCUGGUAGAAUUUUUUAUUUCAAUGGAAAAUCGGAGAGGUGAAAAAGGAAGCCAUUGAUUUGUUUGCAAGUGAAAAAGGACAUUUAUGAUAUGUUAGAAAAGAAAAAAAAAAAAAAGAAAAGAAAAAAAAAACAAAAAAAAAACCUCUCGGAAUACUCUUCUUUCAAUGGAAAAUCGGAGAGGUGAAAAAGGACGCCUUUGAUUUAUUUCCAAGUGAAAAAAGACAUAUUUAAGAUAUGUUAGAAAAGAAGAAGAAGAAAAAAAAAAAAAAAAAAAAAAAAGCCUU